AUGGCUCGGAUGACUGCAAUGGCCAUGCUGCUGCCAGGCCUGCUCGCGGCUUUCCUUCCCGCCAUUGCUGUCACCGUCAGCAUCAUGCUACGUGCCAGGAAUACCUGGCCUUUCACCACUGCAAAGGACGUGAGUGGUUCCACGCUGCGCGUCCCUGUUAUGGCAGGGGUCUCAUGCAUGGUGGUCGCUCUUUGCCAUGCUGUGCUGCCCAUCGCUGCUAUGGCAGGGGUGUCAUCGCUCUCUCUUUGCCAUGCUGUCGUGCCACGUGGCAACCAGCAGGUCAACCACCCUUUCGCGCUUCCCUCUGCUUCCCCCCCUCAUGUCAAUGUCACUGCCGCGUGUCAGAAUGCCACAUGCGGACCUCCCACUCCCGCCCAUACCAUCGUUUCCUCGCUUCAGCAUGCUCACGCUCUCAACGUGCCCCUUCACUUCCUCCACUCCCUGUUAUCCUGCCCCUCACCUGUUUUAUGCUGCCACUUAUUCUCUACUGCCGCUUACGCCCGCCUUCCUUUGGUUCUGCCUCCUCCCACUCACUCACCUCCUUCCUCAGCUGUUGUUUGCUUAUCUAUUCCUCCUCCCCCCAACCCCCCUUCUCCCGCCGCCUGCCAGUCCUCUCGCCUGCUUCCCCCCGCCUCCCUGCUAGUCCCACCUGUUUCCUCCCCCCCCCUGCCACUGCCCGCUUCCCCCACAUACCCUGCCACACAUCACUACACAGGCGCACGCCUUGCAUUGGGCUCAUCAGCCAUGGCUCGGAGGACUGCAGUGGCCAUGCUGCUGCCAGGGCUGCUCGUGGCUUUCCUUCUCGGCGCCGCCAUCACUGCCAUCUGCAUCAUAAGUUUCACGGGACCUGACAGGGAUGCUUAUCCACCAGUUGCUGUGGACGACAAUGGCACUGACACGUCUCAGAAUGCCACGUGCCUGCCACCCAUUCAAGCCCACGCAAUUGCUGCCUCUGGUCAGCAAGCCCACGCUCUCGACGUGUCCCGUCACAACCUGCUUUCGGUGUUCAUGCUCUAUUCUGCCGUCUCCACUCUCUUCUCUACUCUCAUGGCACUGCUGUGGGGGAUGGGCGUGACCCACACGCAAGUCAGAGAAUGGGUGCAUCAGCAGGGCUUGGCUGUGACGGCUGGGCUGAUGAAGCUGAGGAGUGCAAGCAAGUGCCUCCUGGUAUGCCAUGCACUCUGCCACUGCCCGUUAACCCUGCAGCUCUUCCUGUGCCAAGCUUGUCUUCCCUCUCGAGGCACUCUUCCCCACUUCUUCAUGCCCUCACUCAAGUUCUGGUUACCGCUGCACGCUUCUCUCCCCUCUUUCGUCGUCUUCUCUCCUGCACUCCCUUCACUAUGGAUCUUGCCUUCUCUCUUUGCUCUCAUCAUGUUGCAGCCUUGUGGGAUCUUCCCUCUUCUGCACAGCCCCAUGACGCGCGUCACUUUUGGGAUGCAGAGAGUGGGUGAGGCUGUAGGGACUGUCAUGGCAAGUAUGUCCAAAGCACACGAGUCGAAAGAAAAAUUUGAGUUGGGUGAGGCGAUGGAGAUGAGAAUGAGGGCCCUCGGCAUGCAGCUGGAAGAGACAAGGAGGGAGUUGGAGAAGGCUGAGAGGAGGCGAGUGGCGGAGAUGAGGGAGAUGAGAGGGCAGGCGGAGGAGAGGGAGAGGGGGCUGGCAGCAGUGAAGGGGGAGGUGAAGGUAAAGUUAACUGAACACAAGCUUGCUGUUGCAGAGCAGUUGGAUGUGGCUGAAAGAAGAAGGGGUUCGAAAUCGAGAGAGCUAAGAGAGGAAGCUAGACAGGGAAGGGAUGAACUGAGAGAGGAGUUGGCAAGGGAGAGGGAGGAGAGGACGAAGGAGGUGCAGGAGUUGAAUUGGCGACGUGUCUUGAAGGAGGUGGCAGCUUGCAGGAAUCGGGUAGAUGUUGAUUUGGAAAUCAGCCAGAGUGGAGGUGGUCAGAAGACUGCAUGGGAGGUGAGUGCUGGUUGA